GUGAACAGGACUGGAAAGAUCAUACUGUCCGUGACUGACUCUGCUUUCUUCAAGGAAAGUGAACCAACAUCAGAACCUUCAAUCCAUACUACCAGUACAGAAAUACGGAAUACAGAGCUGAUAGUCUAUAUUUGUGGGAGCUGCUGUGUUUUCAUCUUUCUCAUCCUGCUCCUGCUUUUCUGUUACAACAGGCAAACGGGAUCUGUAUUUCAACCUCAGAGGGGAAGAACCAAUGAACAAGGAAGGCUGCUCAAAAUGACGGCCUCCGCCCGCUACCUGUCGCGAUUGUCGCCGCUGCUGUUGCUCCUGUUGCAGACGAAGCUGCAGGGAACAGUGUUGUUAUCAGGUCCUCAGAAGUCUCUUAAUGCAGAAGAAAGAAAAGUUGCAGCCGUGGGCUCCUCUGUGCUCUUUCUUGCCCCAGAUAUCCCAAGCAGCAUAAAAAUCAUACAGUGGGAGUUUAUCAACGAUCUCCCUCUUCAUGUCAUUGUGGAAUACAAUUCCCAAGAUAAAAGCAUCACAGUCUACCCACCGUUUAAUGACAGAAUUCAUUUCUCUCCAUCCAAUGGUUCCCUCCUGCUGAAUGAUGUGCAGAAAAAUGACAGUGGAACUUAUAAGGCUAUCAUCAACUUGGAUGAACAGAAAGCCAGAAGAACUAAGCUGGAAGUGUUGGAGCCUGUUUCCCUAAUUCAGCUGAGGAGCAGCACAAGAAGGGCUGGUUCAGUCAUUGAGUUGUCUUGUGGUGCAAAAGGAGACAGAAUUAACAGCUUUGAAUGGAAGAAAGAUGGGCAGCCCCUCCCAGCAGAGAGAUGUUAUCAAUUGCCAGGGAACCACAGUGUUUUGUUUAUAAUGGAAGGGAAGAAAUUAGAUUGUGGGUUUUUUUCUUGCAAUGUGAGCAAUGAGAUCAGCUGGAUGGAAAACUCUCUGAGUUUGAUUAUUGAAGGUAUCUCACCUUCAUUGCAUCUGGUCCAGAACUUGUCUGCUGCCACGUUGAUUUUGGUUGUUGUAGUCGGGGCUGGCUUCAUUUUCCAUCACUACCAAGUCCAAACACACGGAAGUGAUGGAUGGGUGAUAAGAUAUUUCAUCAGUAUUCAUGGGCUCCUAGCUCUCUCCGCCAUCCUGCUGUGCUCGGCUGCUGUCAAAUGGAUGGAAGAAAAAGGUCCUUCAGCAGUGUUCGUAUUGCUCACCUUGGCUCUUAUUGGUGUGGCGGUGGUAGCAUUCACAAUGUUCAUAGUCGGAGCUUGCCAUCCUGAAAAGUUUCCUGAGUUACAAACCAAGAAGUCAACCCACAUCAUCCUGGACUUCAUCACUAGGGGUGGCGUGAUCCUGCUCCUGGUGUCUGCCUGUUUCCUAAUAACGCAUAUCCAGGAACUCCAAGAGGAAGGCUGUUCCCAGCAUGGCAAUUUGGCUACAGCUUUUGUAAUAACCAGUGUUGUAAUGCUGGUUGUAGCAUGCCUGGUUCUUGUGAUCUGCCUUCAGUGGAAUCACAGAAAGAUCAAGAACCCGAGAAGAGAAAGAAGGAGGGGGAGCCAAAGGGAGGUGGAGGAAGAAGAGGCAACGAGUUCCUGAAGAGUAUCCCCUUACGUGGAAGGCCAGAUGAAGGAUUCUGUAUCCUUUUCACCUUCUCUUUCACCUAAAACCUACAGAAAUAUCACUGAAGAGGACUGUUAAACCUGUUCAGAUUGAAAAUUAUUUAUUUUUUUAUAGUAUUUGUUAAGUGUUUACUAUGUGUCAAACACUGCUCUAAGCAUUUGGGUGGGUACAAAUUAGAUAGGACACAGUCCCUGUCCCACAUGGGGCUCAAAGUCUAAAUAGGAUAGAGAACAGGUAAUCCCCAUUUUACAGUUGAGGAACCUGAGGCACUGACUUGCCCAAGCAAGAAGUUGGCCGAGCAAUUGACAGAGCCGGGAUUAGAACCUAGGUCCUCUGAGUCCCAGGCCUGUGCUUUUUCCAUUAGUCUACACUCCUUCUGAUCCAUCUUCAGAACCAUGCAGUCUGUGUUCAGGCUUAAUUUGGGUCAUAAUCAGGAUGUGGCCUAGUGGAAAGAACACUGGUUUGGGAAUCAAAGGAUCUGACUUCUAAUCCCGCUCUGUCACUAGUCUGCUGUUUGACAUUGGGCAAGUCACUUAACUUCUCUGUGCCUAAGUUUCCUCACCUGAAAAAUGGGGAUUCAUUAUCUGUUCUCCUUUGUACUUAGAUGUACAAGGGUCUGUGCCUGACCUGAUUACUUUAUAUCUACCCCUGUGCUUAGAACAGUGCUGGGCACAUAGUAAGUGCUUAAAAA